GGUCAAUCAAGUGCGUCUGUGUCAAGCAUGUACUCAAGCGUUUUCUCAUGACCUUUGACAUUCUUCUACUCUACAAUGAUCAGUGAAUCCUUGAAAUAAGAGGAAACAUUCAUCUUGUCGUUGUGAUUGUUCGUUCCCUUGGUGAAAGUGGAAAUAUUGCAAGCGCACAAGCUUGACUACGGAUCCGAUAAGAGGGCGCAAAUUAACUCGUUUGAUGCGCUGCGAAAGUCAACCCCGUAGGAGCGGUACAGGAGAAUCUUUGUGCUUCAUCAUUCUUCUUUGCAACCACCAACCACACCACAACACAUUUUCCAAAAAUGUCUGGAACUGACAAGUUCCAGACUCAAUGCUUGUAUGCUGCAAGCCACGUUGCAUACGAAUACUGCAGCGAGUAUGCGUUUGCAGUAGAAGGAGGUUUGCGAUUAGCAAAUACGCACUUCAAAAAGCAAGCCAUCGUAGGCGAAAAUGUCAACCAAGAAGAAAAAGACAUCAUUCUUGAAUUUGUACGAUCAUCGGCUGCCAAUGCGAUUGGCUUUGUCGACGAAGAACGGCUACAACUUCACACAGAAGAACGUUUUCUCCAUUACCGCGAGGAGAAACAUUAUACGUAUAUGCCCAAUAUCACAAUGAUUUCUACUCCUUUGGAUCGUCGUUAUCAUCAUUUUGCGAAAAAGGUCAUUGAAAGCAUUUUCAAAGAACAUCAAACGAUCAUUGAAAAAGGAAAAAUGGAGGCCUUGGGUUCGUUGUAUGCUAGUCAAGAUCGAGAAAUCAAAAGUGCCGCUAAGACAUUGGUCUCUACGAUCCAUGAAGGCUGCAGAACUUUUCGCUUGAGUUUGUUCGAGAUUAGGCGAGAAAUUGAAUCACCCAUGUCCGCAAAACCUCUCGAACAACAUGCUGUAAAGAGUCCGAAAGUAGAAUUUUCGCAAGUAGCGGACAAAUUGUUUCUGCGUGACGAACCUGAAGCAGUCCCUGAAAAGAGAAAGCAUGUGGAAGAUCCACCCGUAUCAGCUUCAAAGAAAGCUCGGCAACAGAAUGUGCAGGAGUACGACCGUGAUGAUUCGUCAGAUGAUGGCUUCGAGUUAACGGGGAUCAAGCAAGCAGCACAUCCGCUGUUACCAAAAGCAAGUAGCGCCAUUCAUUCCGUGCAUACCACGAAAUCUGGUACUCAUCCACCUCCGAAGCCCAUCACAGCUUCUGCAAGCUCUUUGUCCAAGCCACAGACAGCUCCUAGACCCUCUGCUACGUCAUCAAAACGAGUUUUAGACCCGCUAAGAUCAACACAAAGCAUUGCUCUUUCAAAAGAGAAGGUGUCUGCAUUGCAAUUCCCUGGUCCGUCGGGUAGCUCAUCAACGAGUGUAGAGAAGUAUGGGAUCGACGAGAUUCUUGAAAGAGGAGCCGUUCUUUUUGAAGAGCUCACAAAAAAUGCAAGAAGUAGACUCACUGCUAUCUUGAAUCAUUUUAAACGAGCAGGCUUUAUUCAGAUCGUGAAAGCAGGGCUGUCUUCAGAUGCUCAAAAGCUCAUUGUAGCAAUGAUGAACGGAGAAGACAUCACGCCAAGGUGCAUCAGACGUAUACACGACAAAGGUACGCAAGAGGGACUAAUUUCUGCAAUGAUGCUUUUCGUCGCUAGUGAUUCCAAAAAUAGACAAGACACAAAGACACUCUCAGCACAAGAGACAUAUAAAGCUUUUAUGACUCUUACGAUCCAGUCACAAAAACUGUGUAUUUCAACUUUACCGAGAAAGCUCACAGCUUAUAACAAAUCCUUGUUCAGAUUUCUACGUGCGGAAGAACCUCAAAAGUAUGAAAAGCUCUGCAUCCCAAUCUGGAUUCUCAACGAUACUUUGAGAAGAUCAAUCCUAUCCGAGGUCACAGCGAACUUACUCCGAUCAUUCAAUGACGAGGAGCAUCUGUUACGAGAGGUAGCACAUCUAGUGCGUUGUGCACUUAUUGUGAUUUGCUGGACAACACAAGACGAAGAACUGAAUGCGCGUAUCAAGAUGAUGUAUAGACGAGGAAAACCCUGCGGUGGCCUAAACGAUGUUUUUCCAAUCGAAACAAAUUAUUGUUGUGGCGUAGGUGGCGGAGGAGGGGUUUGGAAAGAUGGAACUGAUUCGAUGAAUGAUAAUGGAAAUGACGUGAUGAAAGAUAGUGCCACGGAUGAGUUUUCAAAGAAAGCGCAAAUGCCAACCGAAUCGUCUUACGCCAGAUACGAGGACAGCGUAAAAUUACUGCUCGGCAGUGGUUUACAGCGCGAACUCAGAUUCAUCAAACAAACGCAAAGAGGUAUUGCACUCGGUGCUACAAUCUAUCUGUCAAGUCAUGCGAGGUUUUCUGUAUACUUGACUCCCGAAUGGCUCAAGGGUAAAAAGAUGAAGCAAGACGAUAUAGUGUCAUUCAAGCUCGUUGUUGGCUCCAAGUAUCACUACUCUACUGAUCCGAUUCAGACGGGAGCAAAGUUAGUGAUGUCCAAGCGUAAUUCAGACGGAGAAGAACAGGAGCACCACAUACUUGUCAGCCCGGGUGGGGCCACGGUCAUUAGAGGUAUACUGUUGGAUCUAGAGAAGGGAAAAUUUCGAUGAGUCGAUCAGAGCACCCUUUCACUUACUAUUGUGUAUCAUAGUCAAUCAUUUCCGCCUUUGUAUCAUGUUUAUACAUCUAGAGAUCCGAUUAUCGCUACAAACCAAU